GUGAAUGGAAUCUCUCUCCACACGUGAAGCGGUAUACGUAGCACAAUGAUGUCAAGCAUUUUCCCCGACUGGUACGGUUGCGCUGAUAAGACCGGUAUUGAACAAUCUGCUCUAAAAAGGCACCAGAAGUCCUCAUGUCUAAUAUUUGCAUUCGCAACUGUGUCAUCGCUGAUAGCGUGAUUGUUUCAAGUUCAUAGUCAACGGAAUCUACUGUACUCACCGGUUCUUACACCGCCUGAGUAGAUCGUAUACGAGGAUUCAAUCCACCAUGCUCUCGUCUUCUUACUCCAAGGUUGAAGUUCAACAACGGUGGUUCUCAUUCCGGAAAUACAUCUUCCUAUGCAAAGACCGCAACGAUUAGCUGCCUAUUCAUCCGUGUAUUAUUCGUGUUUUGCGCAGCGGUGCCGAGCAUAAUUUACGGCGAGCACAGCAAUGAUUUCCUGCAUAGACUGCAGCAUUUCAUUUCAGUUUGGUAAGUGUCAAAUAUCUGUCAUUCUCACUACCAGACAGCUCCUAGUACUGGGACCUAGCAAAAAUGUCGUAACAAACUUGCAUUCGUCAUCUUCUCUUUUAAUUGGGGGCACAUUGUUCGUCGCCGUAUUGCCCCAUAACAACAUUGGAAAUGAACCUGUCCUAUAAAAUCUGGACUGCCGGUAUACAACUUUAUCGACUUUUAUCAUGUCAACUCCGUACAGUGCCUUUGAUGCUACAGCGAAAAUUGUGACGUCCGCAGAUGGCACGCACAUCUAUACAGAUGCUGUGGGAGAUCCGUCAAUGCCCGCAAUUUUAUGUCUUCAUGGCUUUUCUUUGAGCUCUGUCGUAUACGAUAACUUGUUCAUCGACCCUACUUGGAAGGACAACUUUUACCUUAUCAGGUACGACAUACGCGGUCACGGCAGAAGUGAUAAGCCAGAGGACGAUGCUGCAUGGCAGACGGAGAGGUUUGCCGAAGAUUUUCUUGCAGUUGUUGCAGAAUACCAAGUUCAUCAACCAUUCGUUAUGGGAUGGAGUUACGGAGGUGCAGUAAUCGCCGAUAUCUUGACUGUCUGUUCUUCUACUUUCAUCUCGGGAGUCAUCUACAUUGCUCCACUCCCUUAUCUUGAGGUCGUUCCGCAAAUUGCCUCCUCGUAUGCUGUCGAGAUGCUUUCCAACAUGUCACAGACAGAGGAUGUCAAUGCCUUUCAGAUUGGUGUACAAGGCUUUGUACGGGCCUUCGUAUCUCCCGACAACUUCCUCAACCCAAUUGCAUUCCCUAAGCGUUUGCAGCAUGCAUGUCUUGGGGACGCCAUGUCCCAGCCUCGAGUAUGCGCGUCUAAAUCUCUUGGUAGGACCCAGAGCAAUACAGGGGUCCUGCGAGCUGGAAAGGAUGAACUACCAAUGCUGCUCAUCACCGGUAAGUAUGACAUGCUGCUGGCGAGUCAGCCUAUACAGAACGUUCUUGUGCAAUGGAGGGGCUCAAGGGUGGUAGAGAUGGAGACGGGUCAUAUGCCGUGGUGGGAAGCGCCCAAGGAAUUUAAUGAUGUAGCGAUUGGGUGGAUCAAGGAAGUCCUCAGUAAUGGGUCAAAGCGUGAAGAGAUG